AUGCCUAAUCAAGAACCGGAAAUCCAAUGGCGUCUCUGCUCGGAGAUUCGAGUACUGGAAGAAAAUAUAGAUGAUCAAAAUAUAAAAGAAGAAGAAUACCUCGAAGGGGGUGAAAAUAUUGAAGAAAAUAUGGAAGAAAAUAUCAAGGAAUAUAUGGAGGAAAACCUGGAAGAAGGGUUAGAAGAAAUAAAUAACGCCAUGGAUAUGGAAGUUGUCUAUAUGGUGACAUAUAUAGACAUUGAUGAUGGCGCCAAUUAUGAUGAUAAUGAAGAUGAAGAGCGUUGGCAACAGCCACCCAGGCAAGUAUACCGUCGUCGUCGUAGAGAAGGGUCCACCAUUGGCAGAAGUCAUCAUUCUCAAGAAGAAGAAGAAGAAGUGGAAGAAAUAGAUGAAAAUCCUUCUGAUGCCAAAAAUGUCACACUCGCUGAAAUGCGGUGA